GCAAUUCACCCGUCAGGACGGAAAACACCCGGUAUAACUGCACUCCGUCCCUCCGCACGCCCUUGAGACCCUAACACUGUUCCUGUCCUCCAAGCAGUCUGUCCCCUUGUUCUCAGCCUUCGAAUUUUACCAACUUUUGGCUGUCCCUACACACUCUACAUCCAGUCAUGUCUCGGGACCAACUUCCCAGCCACUUCACCCUCAAUACCGGGGCCAAGAUCCCCGCCGUCGGCUUCGGCACCUGGCAAGCCCCGAGCGAUGUCGUAGAACGAGCCGUUGCCGAAGCCUUGGCGUGUGGCUACCGGCACAUCGACUGCGCCAGCAUCUACCGCAACGAGACCGGGGUCGGCGCGGGCCUCCGAAAGAGUGGCGUUGACCGGAAAGACGUCUUCAUAACGGGGAAGCUCUGGAAUACCAAGCACGCGCCCUCAGACGUUGGGGCAGCCCUUGACAAGACUCUGGCCGAUCUCGGAGUUGAGUACCUGGACUUAUUUCUGAUGCACUGGCCAGUGGCUUUCAGAGGAGGCGACAAGUGGUUCCCCCUCCGGGAGGACGGCCAGUUCGACGUCGUCGACAUAGACCCGGCCGAGACGUACCGCGCCAUGGAGAAGCUGCUCGAAACGGGCAAGGUCAAGGCCAUCGGCGUGUCCAACUUCACCCGGCAGCGGCUCGAGGACCUGAUGCAGAAGACGUCCGUCGUCCCGGCCGUAAACCAGAUCGAGGCGCACCCGUACCUCCAGCAACCCGAUCUGUUCUCUUUUUGCCAAAGCAAGAGCAUCCAGGUUGUUGCCUACUCCCCCCUUGGAAACAACCAGACUGGCGAGCCCCGGGCCGUCGAUGACGCGGUGGUGCAAGAGCUAUCGAGAGAGACCGGCAUCGACGGCGGUCAACUGCUCGCCUCGUGGGGAAUUCAGCGUGGGACCGUGGUCCUGCCCAAAAGCGUGACACCAUCACGCAUCCAGUCCAACCUGAAGGUCCGCAAGCUUCCGGAUGAUGUCUUCGGCAAGCUGACGGCGCUCGAGCGCCACAAGCGCUUCAACACGCAGGAGAGGUGGGGGGUCGACAUCUUCCAGGAGGUUGGCGAGGAGGAAGCUCGUCGUAUUGGGGAAAGCUAUGCGGCCGAGAACAAGCAGAAGUUCACUGUUUGAGUCAGAUGGCGCUGCUGUUGUAUUUACCGAAAAAAUGUUAGACCUAUAGAGGGCCAAAUGGUUGCAUCACAUGCACAUGGAUCGAUAUAAUCCAGCCCUAGUUUGUUCGUUAGCGUCAAUGGCACAUGCUGGGCACUAGCUCCGUACCAAGACAUUAUUAAUUAAAACCA